CUGCUUUGGGGAAACAGAGUUGUCAUUCCCACCUCAAUGAGGACUAGGGUCUUAGAAUCCCUCCACGAGGGUCAUCCUGGCAUUGUUCGUAUGAAGGCUCUUGCACGCAGCCACUUGUGGUGGCCUGCUUUAGAUAAAGAUAUUGAGGCUAAGGUACACGCAUGCCACCUGUGCCAACGAUCUCGCCCAGAGAUGCCCCAAGCUCCUGUGCAUAGAUGGGAGGAAACACAGUCCCCAUGGUCUAGGGUGCACAUUGACUACGCUGGGCCCUUUCAGGGCCAGUUCUUCUUGGUCCUUGUUGACAGCCAUUCAAAAUGGCUUGAGGUUGUGCCUGUCUCAUCCACCACCACUGCAAAGACUAUUCAGGUACUGAGGGGGAUUUUUGCUGCACACGGGCUGCCAGAUGUCAUUGUGUCCAACAACGGCCCUCAAUUCACUCCUCCGAAUUCCAAGCUUUCUUACAGGCAAACUGAUUCGUUGGCUGACUUUCUCCUUUCUUAUCGCACCACACCGUCCACUUCUACAGGGAGAAGUCCAGCUGAACUUCGUUGGGGGCGCCAACUUACUACUAGACUUGACCGGUUGCAUCCGGACAGACUGCCUUCAUCUACCUCACAUCCUAGGGCACCUAGACAACUACUUGUGGGUGCCCCGGUUUGGGCUCGCAAUUACGGGCCUGGUCAUACAUGGGUCCCCGCUUCUGUGUCCAGGAUCACAGGUCCUCUCUCCUACGAGGUUGCCCUGGACAACGGUCGUGUCCUGCGUCGGCACAUCGACCAA